AUGCUGCAAAAAUUCUCUUAAUUCUUUGAAAAAAACAAUGGAAUUAUCAAAUCUUCUAUACUGAUAAUUUCUAUGAAAAUUCUAUUUUUUGAUGUUUUCAUCAUUUACAAGACAGAAAUCAGAGUAUGUAGAACUUACUAAAUUUAUUAAGUAACACUUGAAAUUUAUGUAUUUCAGUAAGUGCUUCUCUAAACUGGAGAGUCAAUUGAUUACUCUAAUGAAGAACUAUGUAUUUUCAGAAAUGAUAUUUAGUACAAACCAUUGGAAAAUCAAGGUUUCUCUUCCUCAGCUACUUAAUCUUCGUUUGAUAGUUUCAAGAUUAGCCUCGCUUUAUUUGAAGAAAUGCAGAAAUUUUUUUUAGAUGGCUUACAUGUUACAAAGAUAUUCUUGAAUAAAAAACAAUAAGAUAUGUUUGAUUUCCUGCCAGCGUGUUUAAGCCAAUACUAAUUUAAUUGGUAAAUGGCAAUGUUGAGGUCUCUACACAUGCUUUUAUUUUGUCUGAAGUCUUGUAGCAAUCUGGGAAGCGAUUUACCUCGUCUCAAUUCACUUUAUAGUACUAAUUUAAAUCAACAAAGGUUCUAGGAUUCCUUCAUUUAAUACCUUGUUAAAUACACUUGCAUCAAUACUGUACCAAUUGCCAGAUUCUCAAAGUAGAACUUCUUAAUUUUAGAAUGA